AUUACAUUUUAUUGCACUGAUGUGCUAAAUUUGAGUUGGAGUUGCAUAUAAUUAUUGGAUGGAAAACCUUCCAACAAUUUAAUUGAGUUCAUCCAAUGAGUCAUUUCUUUGAGUGUACCCGCAGUGGACUUCAAACGUCACCUGGCAUAAAUGUAAACUUAUGGAUAAACACACUCUCAGAAAGAACACGUUGUAAAUAACUUAACAUCUAAAUGAAUUCAUCCCUAUUCUGUGUAUAUUUUCAGCGUAAUAUUUAUAUAUAUUCUCUCCACAUGACUGCACUUUUGACUCAAAAUGUACUGAUGAUCAAAACCUUCAUUCCUGCUCGCCCCUCCCGGCUGACUCCCUCUUUCUGUCUUUUUGCUCUUUACUUUUUUUCUGCAUCGGAGUGGGAUGUAGAUUUCUGAGGAUCUUGCACAUAGUUCUUUUUUUAGCCCAUUAAAUGAUGGAAGCCAGUCAGCUUGGAGCCGUUUGCGAGGAGAGGGUUUUGUAUUGAUGAGACUGAGAACAUUCACUGGAAGUUUGGGUGUUGUCUUUUUAAUGCUUGGAGUGGGAUGGGGUUCAAUCACUACCUGUGUCUGCUGCUGUGUGCGGCAGCCCUGACAGUUUUGGAGGUUUUUGGUCGAGAUGAGAGCAGCGUGUUGCCCUGCUGGACCAGGCAGCGCCUCCCGGUGCUGCUGGACACACACACCGAGCCUCUCAAGACGCCCUUGUUCGACGGAGCUGAGGAGGACGAUGACGAGAAGACUGUCCGGGAAGACACUCUCUGUGGGAUAGAGUGUCAAAGCGGCCUACCACCCAUGGACCAGACUGAGCAAGAGAGGAUUCUGGGAUACGAGACAAUGCAUGAGAAUGGCACUCGCACUCACACAGAUAUCAGUUUGCAGGGUUUUAACGAGACGUCUGCGGGAACACCGGCCCGCUCGCCGGCUCGCACCCGCCGGAAACGACAGGUGUACGGAGCAGACGGACGCUUUGUGAUCUCCGAUUCGCAUUUCAUCACCAACUAUCCGUUCUCCACCGCUGUCCGCCUCUCCACGAGCUGCUCUGGAGUCCUAAUAUCUCCAAAACACGUGCUGACCGCGGCACACUGCAUCCAUGAUGGGAGGGACUACCUCAAGAGUGCCAAAAAGCUUAAAGUAGGGGUGUUGCAGCUCAGGACUAAAAGAAGAAGAAGUGGGAUGAGGGUAGGAGGGCGACGGAGGAGUGGGAGGAAAGCGGUGGGGCAGAGAGGUGAGGAGCAGAUCGUGGAGGAAGGUGAGGAGCAGAAUAGUCUUGAUGGAGAUGUCGUGAGACGGGGAGGCAAAGGCAGGAGGCGCAGGGGGAGAAACGAGGGCGAGGAGGAUGCGGCUGAUCGUGGGAGUAUAGGUGACGGAGAGAGGGGAAGGCGAUCCGGGAAACUGAAAGGUCUCGGCCGUGUACGACGUGGCGCCGGCGAACCCGGGGAGCAGUCCGUCUUACGCUGGACGCGAGUUAAACAGACCAGAAUCCCUCAAGGAUGGAUCCAGACCACGAGCUCCACGAGCUCAGUGUCCCCUGACUACGACUACGCUCUUCUGGAGCUGAGGCGACCCCUUAAACAAAGGCACAUGGAGCUGGGAGUGGCGCCCUCGGCCGCCCCUCUGGCACGGAUCCACUUCUCAGGCUACGACGCCGACAAGAGCCCGGCGGACGGCGGCGGACGCGAGCAGGUGGUGUACCGGUUCUGUUCUGUGGCGAACCAGUCGGACGAUUUGAUGUACCAGCGCUGCGACGCUCAGCCGGGCGCCACAGGCGCAGGCGUCUACAUCCGUCUGAGACAGGAAGUGGGAGAGGAAGGCGGGAAGGGGAAGUGGCAGCGCAGGGUGAUUGGGGUGUUUUCUGGCCAUCAGCGGGUGGAGGUGGAGGGAGGGGAGCAGAGGGAGUUUAAUGUCGCAGUGAGGAUUACGCCACUCAAAUAUGCACAGAUCUGUCACUGGAUCCAUGGAGAUCCAAAUCUAUGCAAAGAGGUUUGACUGCAAAGCAAGAGAGAAACAUCGUAUUAUGUCUGUGUGUAUUAAAGAUGAUUAUAUAUUACUAUAUGCAAGAAGAACGCUUAUUGAAGAUAUCCCCCCCGGCAGCUAUAAUGACAAUAUUACAUUGUGCUGUUUGGGAUAUUUUAGAAAUCUAUAUGGAUCUAGAAGAAUAUCGUAACAAUCUUUCGUGAUACUCAUCUGUGGAGGUCCUAUACAAGGUUACAUUGUUGUUUAUUUUAUCACACUUAUUCUUAACUGUAAGAAAAAAAGGCAUUAUUGAUGUAAUUAUUGAAACAUUUUUGACCACAUUUUCAUUCUUAGCAACUUUUUUUUUACAUAGCAUCCUAGAAAUGCUCAUCUGAGACCAGCUGAACACCUCCGUGAUAUACCCCAGGAGUCCGGCACAUGUUCUGGUUCUGGAUCUGUAGCCCGUAUUCAGCCAUGUCUCAGUUUAUUAAGAGAAGAACGUGAGAACAUUCAAUUUGUGAGAGAAAUGUCAAUGUGUUGUUACCUUCUCUAAACCACAUUUGUUUGUUUGUCUCUGAAACACAAACAGUCUGUAACUGAAACUGCAGUUAUGUGGAGGAAAAAAAUAACCCAGUUUUGUUUUUUACUGUGUUGCACAAUUAUCGUUGUAUAGUAAGUAAAUAAGUCAAACCUAUUGGUCCUCAUUUCACUUCAUGUUAAAUAAAUAGUAAGUCUACUCUACACAACAUAUA